AUUCCACUGCUCCAUCUCGAACAAUUUGAAUAGCAAUCAACAAGCCAUGGUUAGUUGUAUUACAAAUCUGUGUAUUCAUCUUCUCUACCAUUUGUCCCAGAUCAUUUAAGAAACUGUUGUCGUUGGCCAUAUUAGUUGCAUUUGUCCAUGAUCUACCGGAAGCCUAUUCCAUCCAUUCUCUCUAAAGUUAUUGGAUAAAUGGUUGGCGUUGAGCAUACUAGUUGCAUGUUUGCUUUGGUUACAAAUCUUUGUUAUCUUCUCUACACUUUUCCUUGCAAUUGAUCUAUUACUGUCGUACAUCCUCUCUUAAAUCAUUGAAGAACUCUUUUGCAGAUCUGUCUUUUAAACCUGUGUUCAUUUCUCCCUUAUUGUUCUUGAUCUGUCUACUUCAUCCAUCAUCUCUUAAAUCAUUGAAGAAAAUAUUGCCCUUGGCCAUAUUAGUCACACUUUUUUCCAAAUCUGUGUUCAUUUUUCUCUACCGUAGUUGAAGAAACCGUUUUAUCCAGGAAUUACGUAAUGGAAACUAUAAAGCCAAUCUAUGACAUUGUGAAGGAUGUUGUUCCUACAGUUUGGGCAUGUGUGAAACACCAAUUAUGCUUUGGUGAUUAUGUUAGUAAAUUCAAAGAAAAGAAAGAAAGCUUGCUGGCAAGACAGGGUGACAUCAAAUCAAAAAUAGAAACACAAUGUUACCCUGGAAAGAUUGAAAGCAGGGAAGUUAAAGAAUGGCUGGACAGAGGGGAUAAAAUAAUUCAAGAUGUUGAAGAUAAAGUCAGCAGAGUGGAAUGCUUCUCUCACAUUUGUGUAGCAAAAUAUUUGGAUGAAAAAAUUGGAGAAAUGAAGGAAAUAUUUGAUGAAGGGGAAAAAUACACUGAGGUUGAAGCAAUUUUGGUGGUUGAUGAUCACUCAAGAAAGGGGAUUGCAGUCCCAACCCCAGAAGUACAAGGCAGGGAUGCUACUAAAACAAAAAUCUUGAAAUAUUUGGUGGAAGACAAUGUUACAAGGAUCGGAGUUUGUGGACUUGGUGGUAUUGGUAAAACAACCAUCAUUAAACUUGUGUACAAUGAACUAUUGAAUAGAGAAACUAAAUUUAAGAAAGUUGUUUUGGUAACAGUAACGAAGCACUUUGAUGUUAUCAAGUUACAAAAAGACAUUGCAAGCCAAUUGAAAAUACCUCUUCUGGAGGAGGAUGCAACUAUGCGUGCAGCAGUGUUGUCAGAAAUGUUGGCAAAGAGUUGCUACUUGUUAAUUUUAGAUGAUGUGUGGGAGCACAUUUCUCUUGAAGAUGUUGGAAUUCCAAAUUUGGUUGGAAGCAACAGUUGCAAGUUGGUGUUGACAACGCGUUUUCAAGAUGUUGCUCGAUGCAUGAAUUGUGAGAUAGUUAAUUUGGAGCCUCUUCCAAAAAAGGAAGCAUUACAACUUUUCUUGAAUAAAGUUGGAAAUGUAGUUUUAUCUGCAGAUGGAGUUAUUAAAAAAGCCAUAAAACCAACUUUGAAGAAGAUUGUGAAGGAGUGUGGAGGUUUGCCUCUUUUAAUUGUCACAGUUGCAAGCAGUAUGACAGGGAUAUCUAGCCCUCUGUUGUGGGAGAAUGCACUAGAUGGGUUGAGAAAUUGUAAAAGAACUAUGGCAAGUACAAGAACAGUGGAAGGUACAAUGAAUGAUGCAUUUGAGAUAUUGAAAUUCAGCUUUGAUCGUUUGAAUGAUGAAAAAAUCCAAAAUUGCUUCUUAUACUGUGCACUAUAUCCUGAAAACUUUGCAAUUCGAAAAUGGAAGCUAAUUGAGUUUUGGAUUGAAGAAGGAUUUAUUGCUCAAAUGGAAACUAGACAUAAGAUGAAUUGUCAGGGCCAGGCUAUUCUAAGGAAGUUGGAAGAUAACUGCUUGUUAGAAACAGUUCAAACUGUGGAAAGUAGAAUACUUGAUGAUGAAGAUGAAAGAGCUGUGAAGAUGCAUGAUCUUCUGAGAGCCAUGGCGUUGGAUAUCACAAGCAAGAGUCCUCGUUUCUUGGUAAAAUCUGGCAUGAACAUCAGAGAGCUACCAAACAAGGAACAAUGGACAGAGGAUUUGAAGAGGGUUUCCUUGAUGAGGAAUUCAAUAGAAGAGAUUCCUAGAGAUUUGUCUUCUCCAGAAUGCCGAAUGCUUACAACUUUGUUGUUGUCUCAUAACAACUUGUCAAACUUUCCAGAUUCCUUUUUUGAGCAGAUGAAUGAACUCAAGAUUCUUGAUCUCUCUAAAAAUCAUGAAGUGAAUAGUCUGCCAAGUUCCAUCUCCAAAUUGAAAAACCUCACCACAUUGUUAUUAAUUGGUUGUGUGCAGCUAAGAAAGGUGCCAGAUUUAUCUAAUUGUCAAGCCAUCACAAAAUUGGACUUUAACAGGUCUGGAAUUGAAGAAAUCCCUGAAGGUAUGGAAAUGUUGGUAAAUCUCAAAUAUCUUAAUCUUAGUAAUACAAAAAUAAGAAAACUCCCCAAAGGAAUAUUGCAUAAACUAUCAUGUCUUCAGAUCCUAGCAUUAAGAAUAGAUGGGAUACAAGUAAAAGGGGAAGACUUAUGGCCAUUAGAGAAAUUAGAAUGCUUUAAUGGGGAUCUAAUCGAUUGGAAUGAGUUGAGCAUUUUCUACAAAAUGAUGCAAAGCAGAAGGGAACGACUCAGAGAUUAUACACUCGGUGUUGGAUCUGGAGGAGAUGUGACUUUCCACUACCUAAAAUACUGGGAGCGAUUGUUUAAAAUAUCAUGUCUACCAAUUGCUUCUGAAAAGCGUGUUCUUCUACCCCACAAUGUUGAGGCAAUUGCAUUAGAAAGAUGUCAUGACUUAAAAUGCGUAGACCAACUUUCUUUCUUGAAGGAUACGGUCAACUUGACAACGUGCUUACUUGCUGAGUGUCAGAGCGUAGAGUUUGUUUUCUCCUCGUUCAACUUCAACCCGCUCCAAUCCCUUCAGUUACUGCUGCUUGCCAAAUUAGAAAACCUAAAAUCCCUUUUUGAAGAAAAAGCUCUUGCUCCAUCAGCACUUUCUUUCCCUCUGAAAACCAUCAUGAUCCACAAUUGCCCUAAAAUAAAAAAGUUGUUCUCACCUAGGUUGCUAGUUUGGCACCUCCAGAAUCUGGAAUGUAUUGUAGUGGUGGAUUGUGAAGAAUUGGAGGAAAUAAUGGCAUCUGAGGAGUCCGAAGAAGAAGAAGAUGGUAAACUCCCUCUCCACAAACUGAAAAUUCUCGGCUUGCAUGGUAUGCCCAAAUUGAAAAGCAUCUGUGGCAGAACCAGAGUGUUGGUGUGCGAUUCUCUUGAGGCUUUGGAAAUCAAAAAUUGUCCGCUGCUGAAAAGAGUUCCUCUUUCACCUCCUCCUUCUCUAAAAGAAAUCCUUGUAUCUUCAAAAGAGUCAUGGGAAUCGUUGGAGUGGGAGCAUCCCAAUGCAAAGGAUAUCCUUUUGCCCUUCGUUGAAUUUGAUGAGGAUUGAAGAACUGGAAAGUGCUCGAUGAUUCACCACAAACAAAGACACACUACUACAUGUUCAGCAGUGCAAUGACAUGGGACAAGAUGAAUAAAUCGCACCCUUUUUUUUUUUCCUUUGUUGUAAUUUCAAAUGUCAAAUUCUAAAUGUAAUGCUUCCUUUGUGUGGCUUGCAUUUCAUUCUGUGUGAAUUAUGUUGUAAAAAUUGAUAUGUUUACUUGUGUCUAGUUUUAUAGUUAUGCUUGUAAUGAUGUUUAUACUUUUUAUUAAGUGGACUGGAUUAUUUGUUUGUUUCCUUUUCUAUAAUGAUGGGAGUUGGCUUUUUAAAUUUCAU